CGACCUAUAUUGUGAACAUUUCUGAAACGACAGCCGUUUCAUCGAACAGAACCUUCGAGGCCUCGACGACGUAGCGCGCAAGCCAAUCUCAGAAAAGGUGGAAGAUAGCGACAUAUAUAAAUUAGGGUUUUUUCAAAUUCAGAUAUAGAAGGAACGGAACGGAACCGUGAGUUUGAGAUUGGGACUCAUGGAUACGGAGGAAGGAGGGCACGGGAAGGGAACGAAGGUGAUAUCUUUGAUUGAGAAGGCCACCAACUCUACCGUGCCGGAGGUCGAUCCCCGUCUCCUUGAGGCCAUUAAAACGGUGGUUCGAUAUUCCGAUUCGGAGCUCCGCGUCGCAACCGUAACCCUCAUGGAUCUCAUGAAGCGCGACCACGCUCAGGUCCGGUACCUUGCACUUCUAAUAAUUGAUGAACUCUUCAUGCGUUCAAAGCUUUUUAGGACCCUUGUUGUUGAGAACAUGGAUCAGUUGCUGAGUUUGAGUGUUGGAUUCAGGCGAAACGUGCCUCUUCCUGCUCCACCAGCUGUUGCGACUGUUUUACGUUCUAAGGCCAUUGAAUUCUUGGAGAAGUGGAAUGUGACGUUUGGGGUUCAUUACAGACAGCUCAGAUUGGGUUAUGAUUAUCUGAAGAAUACACUCAGGCUCCAAUUUCCUAACAUACAAGCUAACGUGGAGCGGGUUCGGCAGGAGAGAAUGGAAAGGGAGAGGAGGUCAAAGGAGAUUUUACUGAGCAAGUAUGAAUCUUUGAAAGAGAAUUCAUCUACAAUAAAGGCAGGGAUUUUAUCUACGAUGGAUGAGAUUGAUGAGUGUUUGGACAUUUUGCAUGCAAAACAGGAGGAGUGUGUGUCAGAUGAUAUAUUGGACAGCGACGAACACGGUGACUUUCAUUCUUUGGAGCUGCAGCAGCUUCGUCUUGAAGCAUUAAAAGAAGGGGAGAAGGUUUAUGAGAACAGUGAUAACACAGUGGUUUUUGACACAUUGAGGGAGCUAUACAAACUUCUGGUGGCAAAGCACUUGAUUACUAUCCAAGAGUGGAUUUCUGUUUUAGUAAGAGUCGAAGUAGCCGACAAUAGAUUCAGAGAUUCCAUUUUGAAAGAGUUCAUUGAUAUCCGAAAUCGUCUAAAAUCAGUUAAAAGUAAAUGUGAAGAGGCUGGUUGUUUGCUCGUAAACUCAUCAAAACACGAUGCGGAAGAUUUUUGGGAGGAGGGUAACGUUGUAUCUAUGGAAAGCUCAUCUAGCAUACCAAAUGAUAAAAAUAAACAUCUUGAUGCCCAUAAAAUGAAUAAUGGAAAUCAUGGUUUUCACAGUAACGGGUCUAAUGGCUCUGAAACUGACAGCCUUCGUCAUCAGGGACAUGAAGUUGAGUCAGACCCUGAGAGGAGUAAACUUAUAGCCGAAGCUCCCGUGGUACAAUGGAGUUCUUACUUGGAUAACUGGGGUUCAAACAGGGUUUUCAUGGCUAACCAGCGGGGUUUGGAGCUUGAUAGUCACUGGGGUAGGGUGGAUGCUGAUGCAGUUAUUCCAGCAGAUAAAAUUGCCGAGCUGAAUGUUCACGCAAUGCCUUAUGAAGAAAAGAAAGUUGAAAUCCAACCAUGCCUGGCUCCUUUGAAAAAAGGAGGAUUGUGCCAGAGAAGAGACAUGAAACUUUGUCCAUUUCAUGGACCUAUCAUUCCUCGAGAUGACAAAGGGACGCCACUCAGCCAGAGCUCUUUAGAAGACGUGAAUAUGGAUUUAGGGACUGAUCUAGUGGAGCAGUUAGCCAAACAAGCGGUGAAAAAUAUUCGUGAGAGAGACCAAGAGGGGGCAAAGAAGAGAGAAAUUGAUAAACAGUCGCUGAAACGUGCAAAACUAGCAAAAAUUAGGGAACACAAUGUAGCUGUUUUACGGGAUGCUGCUUUGGCUUCUACUUCACGAUCAGCCACGCUUGGAGGAGAUGGGGACUUAACUAAUGAAGAUAAACUAUCUGCCAAAGACAAGAAACAAAGUCUUGCUUCUAUGCUGCGAAAGAAAGUAACAUCAAAAGAUAGAAUAGCCGAGAAGCUUUUAAGUUCGCGUGCAAGGGUUGCUUCAGAUAGGCAGCAUGUGUCAAAUCAGGAUGCCAAAUAUAGAGAAGCGUUCCCAAAUCAAUGGUAAACUGGGCAGAAUCUUUGUUAAGCUUGUCUGAUUACUCUGAAGUCCGAAUCAUACUUCAGAUUUUGGGUAAAGCCAUGCCUGUUAGUCAUGGGGCUGGUUAGUAAGUAAAAUAAAACAAAACAAACUACAUCUAUUCUUUGUAGACAGAAUUAUAAGGACCAGCUUGGCUGCAAGGGAUAAAUUGAAGCAGUUGCUGGUCAGUUCUCGUGUUUUAUAUUUUUAAAUUUAUUUCGCUCAUUUUCUGUAAAAUCGUUUGUCAUAACGGUAGAUGCCAGAGGUUACAUGUUCGACAAUCACGCCAAA